UAUUUAAUUAUAUUGCACAGUCAACAGCCCACAGCCGACGUGGACACGCGCCUCGGCGUACGACUGACUAAUAAUAAUAAUAAUAAUAAUAUCAUCAUUAUCGUAUCUGCGUUCAUAUUUUAUUCAUCUCCGGUCGUUUUGCUGUGCAGAUCCGUCGACGUCAACCGCUGUAGUCGUUAUCCCUUAACUUCCGGCACACAAUCGAAAGUGUCUCUACCCACGCAUCCGCCAUCGGCGCCAUCAUUAAUAUCAUAUCAAUACGCUGCACGGACAUCCAUAGUGGACGUUCGUCAUGAAUUUUACCUGCAACAAGUACGGUGAUGUGGUGGUGUUCGUGGACGGCGCCUGCCCAGGAAACGGUUUCCGCGGGGCGCGUGCCGGCGUCGGCGUGUGGUUCGACGACGAUCAUGACCUGAAUGUAUCAUCAUCCAUGCCUGGUGUCCAGACUAACAACAACGCUGAGAUAUACGCUGCGGUUAUAGCUAUCGACAUGCUGCUCGACUACACUAAUGAAAGCUGCGUAGAAAUCGUGACAGAUUCAAUAUAUCUAUGCAACUGUGUGUCGAAGUGGAUACAUAAAUGGAAGCGUAAUGGUUGGAGGAAUUGUAGGGGUAAACUAGUGGCAAACAAGGACAUGCUGGAACAACUAGACAAUCGCAUAAAUGCCAUGGAUUCUGUUAUAUUUACUUACGUACGUGCACAUAAUAACAUCUAUGGUAAUGAACAAGCAGAUAAGUUAGCUCGCAAAGGAGCGGAUACAUUCAACUAAAAGUUUUAUACUUAUAUAAUACGGCUAAAAUUAAGAUUAUUAAGUUUUAAAUUCAACGAAAAAUAAAUAAAUAUUAUAUUCAUGAUUUAGUAUUUAGGUGUUGCAAAAGAGUUUUGUUAUUGUAAAUCAAAGUUUAACACAAUUAUCAUAUUUUUAAUUCUAUUAAUUGGCAAUUUAUGAAAGAAAUUUUAUUUAAGAAAUAGAAACUAACGUUUUUUAUCGUAACAUUAAUUUCAAAUUGGUGUUGUUUUUGUAAAUUUAGUGUUACAAAUAAUGUUAUUUUAUUUUAUGAUGAUUACACAAUAUUAUAUAGUUUUGAGUUUUGACAGGGUAAACAUUCCAUUGAUCUUGAGUUAGUUAUAAAAUUAAGUUGAUUUUUGUUAUGAAAAAAAAAAUGAUUAUUUAUGUGUUUAAAUAAAAUUGAAGACUGGAAAUGUAUGACUGCUUGAGUUUAGAUUGAAAUAUCAGUAAGUAUAUGUAUUAGAUUCAAUUUGACAGUUAUACAUAAUACAUUUGAUUAUUGCCAUGUGGUCAAUCGAAGAACUGCAUUAAACAUACAAUUCAAUUAACAUUGUAAGUUAAUUUGAAUAAUGAUGAUUUCUGAUUUGUAUAUGAAUUAUCAUGAGUCAUGACUAAUAUAUUAUCAGUCAUUUCAUAUUCAACUGUUGGUCAUUUAAAGUUCAACAGUUUCGAAAGAAUUAAUUUGUUAUUAGCAACUAGCAAGUAUAAGGAUUUAUGAAUGUUAGUCAUAUGGUAUUAAUUGAAUUACAAUAUUAUAUUCUAUAUACAGUGGACAUGUAAAUUU